UUCUCUCUCUCUACUACUAACCUCCCCUCCUCUCCUCACUUUCUAUAUAUCCUACUGCUCAUCUCAUCCCAUCUUUCUCCCUUAAAAAGCUACAGCCACACAGGCUUCCCAAAGAAAAGCCUUGCCCUCUCCUUACCAACACCAGAAAGAGAACUGGUGAUGGGGAGAGGGAGAGUAGAGCUGAAGAGGAUAGAGAACAAAGUAAACAGGCAGGUGACGUUUGCCAAGAGGAGAAACGGGUUGCUGAAAAAGGCGUACGAGCUCUCUCUUCUCUGUGAUGCUGAGGUGGCUCUUAUCAUCUUCUCCAACCGCGGCAAGCUCUGCGAGUUCUGCAGUACGCCCAGGUGUGUGUGUGUAUAUUAUAGCAUGGUGAAGACUCUUGAGAAGUACCAGAGAUGCAGCUAUGGAGCAACGGAAGCCAAUAGGCCUCUCCAUGAGACACAGAGCAGCUACCAAGAGUACCUGAAAGUCAAGGCUAGGGUGGAGCUCCUCCAGCACUCUCAAAGGAAGCUCCUUGGGGAAGAUGUGGGAUCACUGAACACAAAGGAGCUGGAGCAACUUGAGCAUCAGCUGGAGUUUUCCUUGAACCGCAUUCGCUCAACAAAGACACAAAUGAUGCUUGACCAGCUUACCGAUCUUCACAACAAGGAACAAGCUCUGCUUGAAACCAACAAAUCGCUGAGAAGGAAGUUGGAGGAAAGCAGUUGUGUACAAAUGGCGCCUCUGCGGGUGAUGUGGGAAGGUGGUGGAGGGAACAACCACAACAUUAACAUUCCUUACAGUCACCUGUUUCCCUCUCACCAUCAGCAGCAUCCAUCUUCUCAAGCCUUCUUCCAUAACUUAGCUCCCACUCUCCACAAUGGGUACAAUGAUGAGGUGAACCAAGCGGUCGCUUCCACUGCCAAUAAUGAUGGGUUUGUUCCAGGCACCUGGAUGCUCUGACCUCUUACCCAUCAUCCACUUACAUCUCUACUAUAUAUAUAUAUAUAUAGUUGUUUAAUUUCCUUUUCAAUUUGUGGGUUCUCUUGAGGUCUUGUUCAUGAAUUUUUUCUAAAGCUAUUUUCUUUGCUUUGUCACAAUUUCAAAUAACUUGUGAUGGUUUUCCUAAGGUUUCUUCUUUCUUUCGGGAAAGAUGCAUCGUGUAAUUAAUUAUUUUGUAAACCAAGUCCAAGUGUGGCGUAUGAUGUGUGUGCAUUGAGAAAAAAAGGGAAAAUAAAUGCAUAUGUAUUUUUUUUUUAACAAAAGAUAAUCAUAUAUUGAUUCAAAAAUAGGCAAUUACAU